AUGACCAUGGAGAACGGAAGGCACAAUCAUCUCCAUUCCCUGGCAACAAACGUGCAUCCAAAUUCAUGUGCGCGGCGUCAUCACCUCGGCAGAGUACGGGUCAUCUUCGACAGUUACAGUUACAUUGAACUGUGGUUCGACGAGCGCACCCUGUGGCGGUCGUCAGCCAAUGACAUCAAGCGAGAGGCGCACCGGAUCGCCUCCGCCCUGGUUGGGGAUGCAGAAAGCCACGCAGCAGCAACGAGGCCGGAAGGAGCGGGGGCGAGCUUUGACCAGGGAGAGCAGGCUGGCGCGUUGGCAAGUGAUCCCCGCCCAUCAACAGGAGCCUCCGAUAGUUUGGUCGACAGGCGCGGUACUACGGCGGUGGGGGGGAGCGAAGCCCAUGGUGGUGUCCCUACUGCCGCUGGGGCUGCUACGUGGCCAAACAACGGUACCCUUCGUGGCAAACGCCUCCACAGUCAACCGCGGAUCGUGACUGGCCGGUUCCCGGAAGCGGCGAGUUCGGAUGAGGUUGGAGCCGAGUUGAACCGUAGGCAUGUUCCGAAUUCAUCGCUCCACGAGCUUCGUGCGGGAGAGAACGAAGCGGCGGCCGGGUCGGGAACCGUUGCUGGGAACGUUCCAGGGGAUGGUCUCGGGACGACCGCUACCGCCGUGGCGUACGACGCCCGGCUCCGGUUGUGCAGCGACGUGCUGCACUUUUGCGGGAAAGGGCUUCGUCCCGGUGCCUUCCUGUUCCUCGCUGUGCCGGACGCCACGGGGGGCGACGCAAGUCGUGAUGGUAGAACUGGAAGUCGUCUUAGUGGCGGCACCAGCAGCGGCAGCACCAGCAAUAGUGACAGUGGCAGUGAUAGUGGCGGAAGUGCAAAGGGCUUAGAUGCCGAUGACUUGGUUGUAGCAGCAGCAGAAACGACAACAGGUAGCUAUGGGGCUGGCGUGGGAGUUGGUCCGAAGACCGACGAUGCCUCCAGAAGGGCCGGGACGGGGGUAGAGGGGAGGGAAGCGGCGAAGGAGGCGGGUGGUAGAAGCGGUGAUGGCGACGGCAGUAGCCCGCAACACGCCCAAGCCCCUGGGGUGGGCGAAGAAGAAGAAGACCAACGAAGGACGAGCCGAGAGCCCUCGCCAACUCCUCGUGCUGGCAGCGUGGAACAUGGUUUCGCUGGUCGCGACGGUGCUCAAGGUCGUGGCGGCGAGCUCUGGGUGACGGAUGAAUCAGCACCCCUCCUGUCCGCCCUGAGUAGCCAAUGGGCGGCGUCGGCUGCUCCUCCUGCUGAUGACGCGGAGAGCUCUACUGCCGCCGAAACACGGCGUUCUGCACAUGGAGCCGCGUUGACAUCACACGGGGCGACCGGAGGUACGCCGACGACAGGGAAGGGGCCCCGCAAUGAUCACCCCCAACUAUAUCCUGCUUUCCCAGCUGCCGUGACCCUGAGGGCCAUGCCGUCCGGCCGCGCGCCCCUGCCCCCCCUCUGCUGCGGGGUGUGCGGGUCUAGCUGGGAGACAGACUCGUUCGGCAGGGGCUACAGGGCCUAUCACCUUGCGGUCGCCAACAACGCCUCUCUAGUGUGGUACCUUCAGAAACGGUUCUCCGAGUUUGUGGCUUUGCAUGCGGCCUUGUCCGGCAGGGGGGCGCGCGGAGGAGAAGGGGACAGGAUUCCGGAGGACAGGUUGCCUGCGCCUCCGAUGCGCACGUUCGGGAUGCUGAGACUGUUCCCCGUAAAGAUGGAGCGGCUUCGGCGACAUCAGCUGGAAAGAUACCUGCAGGAGCUCCUGUCGAUUCCCGAGGCGUUGGCCAACCGCGCGGUGCUUUCUUUUUUGGGCCUGGUGUCGUCAUCGAGGCACGACCUCAUGUUCCCGCCGAAUCCCAAAUGUCGCGGAGGACAGAGAGCGGGAAAAUCACCCACGCUCCGCGCGGUUGCACCGCACUCAAUUGCCUCGGAGACACCAACCACGUCAAGCAACCACACUACGCGUGGCAGCACCGGUCGCAGGAUGGCAGACUCUCUAAGGGGUCAGGCGGCGGCGGGCGAAAGCGGAGCUGCUGCUGCUGCGGCGGCGGCGGCAGGCGUGGGUGAGUGCGAUGGCGGUGCCACAACGGGCCAGCGAGAAGCGGGGGAGGGAGAGGCAACAUGCUUCUUGCCGCCGGCGAACGAGACAGCGUACCAUUCACCGCCACCGCCGCACGGUAACAGCGACGAUGGCCUCGGUAGUGCGCGCCAAGCGACGGAGAACGAGCGGUACCGUGAACACCCGGCGGUAGACAUGGGGAGAGAGGGAGAGCCACGGGCAGCAGCGGGCCAGGAAGAGGAAGUGGUGCGGAAGGUGGAAAGGGUUAACGCGCUAGAGCAGGAGGCGCAUGGCGGGGACGUAGUUUUGUUUCGGUGCCGGGGGAUGCUCAGCCGGCUGCAGCGCUGGGUGCUGAGAACGCAGUGGGAUCACGUGGGAGUGGUAGUUUGCGGAGGGCCGAGUGCGCGAUUGGAACUCCUAGAGUCCACCCACGGGGGAGUUCACCUUUACCCCCUGGUGGAGCGCGUGAGGGCGUACCACGACCAGGGUUUCGCCAGCACGGUGGCGUUUCGGAGGCUACGAUGUCCCCGCCCCGCAGAGUCGAGGGCGCGGCUUGAAGUGUUUUCGCGGCAGGUGGAAGGAAAGACCUACGGCAUCGUCCUCCCUUGCACCCCGAGCGGACCUAAGGGAGACCGUUCACGGACGAAGCGCACGCCUCCUCCGCCUAGCUCGCCGGCAGUGCAGCCAACCAUGCUUCGUGAGAGCACCGACAGCGGCCGCGGCGAACGCGGCGAUGUAGCCCGAGGCGGCCGCGCGGGGUUAGAAGGCACGCGGGGGCAGGGUCCUGCCUUCGCCGUUGCCAAGAAGGAGGAGGAGGUGGUUUUGUGUGCAAACGCGGCGGGCAACGGAGAGGGGCAGAGAAGGAGUGCUACCGCCAACGCCAUUGGGGAAACAACCAAGUUGCCGACUUUCUCCUCGGGCACGAGCGAGAAGACGGCGCUCAGCCCUUCCUACCUUUGCUCACAGCUAGUGGGGGCAGCCCUUUCAGAAAUGGGAGUUUUGAGAGGAGGAGGAAAGGAUUUGGGAUGGCUGUGGGUGGCCCCCGGUGCGUUCGGGCAGGGAGGUGCCGUCGAUUCGCGGUUGGCGGCUGGUGUCGCUCUCGGGGAAGAGAUACUAGUGGAUGCUCACGAGCCGGAGGUGGUCGGCGCAGUGCUAUUGGACGACGCGUUGAAGUGAGGAGAGGCGGCAACGUCAGACCAUCUACCUGAAGCCCCUCCUCACCAACUAUGCUUCCUUCCACUGAAUGGACAGGCGAUGAUUCGCUGGGAGUAGGGCGAGAAAAGGAAGCGACUUAGGCUUGGUGACGACAAAGUUGUGGUGUAGAAGGUAAACGGGUGCUGUUGCCUAACGGCAUUGUUGAAGCGGCCUUCAGAACGUCUCUAUGGGGGAGAAGACGGCGAUAGUUUGUUUCAUCCAUGCAUCUGCGCGCACGUCACCUCAGACCAAUCAAAGGGCCGAGUGCAAACCUGAGAGGGUUUAUUCCAGAACCAUUGUUGCACAAAGAUAUCGCGGUGAAGCUAGCGUUGGUGGUGGAUCCGUUCAGCGUUCUCUGCUCCAAGGUGUUGCUGGGUGGAUCCGGCAGGGGUUCGCGUGGAGGUCGGGGGGCGAACCUCCCUCAGCAUUGCCAAAGGGCAAUAAUAAGACCCCGUGGGAUUGGUCUAAAGGCUUGCUUGCUGCCUCCGGCUUAUUCGCACCCGAAUCCUCACCGCGAACACUGGUUAUUUGGACGUGUCGCGAACCCGCUACACCGUAAAAAAUACCGAAGAUAU